AUGGCAGUACCAGGAAGACGCAACGGUUUGAUGAACGAUGAGGAGGAAGAAGACGCCCUAUUCGAAGACGUAGAAGAAGGAGUGUUGCUCGAACCGGAGUCCGACAUUCCUCCUCACCUCCGCGACCUUGCCGCCGCCGCCGAACUCGGCGACGUCGACGCCCUCCGCCAAGCUCUAGAUAAUCUGAAUGGCAGUAUUGAUGAACCAGUGGAAGAUGGGGACACUGCUCUUCAUCUGACCUGUCUCUAUGGCUAUCUUCCUUGCGUACAGCUAUUGUUGGAAAGGGGAGCUUGCUUGGAGGCUAAGGAUGAAGAAGGGGGAAUUCCUCUGCAUGAUGCUUGUGCAGGAGGAUUUACGGAGAUAGUCCAACUUCUAAUCAAUAGCGCUAAUGAUCCCGUGUGUGUAAAGAGAAUGCUUGAAUCUGUUGAUGCAGAAGGUGAUACGCCUCUUCAUCAUGCAGCAAGAGGUGAACAUCUGGAUAUUAUUCAAUUGUUGCUGGCCUCUGGUUCUUCUCCUACUAAGACAAAUAUUUAUGGGAAGAUCCCGUGUGAGCUUGCUGAUCCGGGGACAGAAGCUUGGAGAAUUUUGGAAGAGGUUGCUGGUAUUGUGGCAAUCCAUUAGUCUCACUUGCAAGAAAUGUUAAAUUUUAUUUUUAGCUAUGGCCUCUGUUUCUGCUGGCCUUUCUGGUAUAGGUGGUAAGACAUAAUUAUUUAUGAAUGUUCAUCAAUUUUGGUUGUCAAAUGCUUUCAGAAGUCCAUGUUCAAGAUAAUUUGGGGAAUUUGAAUAUGCAAUGGAGUGAAUACACUAUCAGGUAAUAAUAUAUCUGGGCAGUACCAUGAAU